AGAAAAAAAAAUGCUUUGUUCUUUUUCUUUCUUUCGUCAAUAUGAACUCGCGUUUAAAACUCGAUACAAAUAAACUUAACCCCAAAUUCGAGGGCUAUAAACUUGCUCCCUUGACUGACCCUAACAGUAUUUGUCGUGUAUCGCUAAAUGAUAUUCAGCUAUACAAACCUAACAACGACCAACGUCUCGGGUUCCGAGAUCUUCAAGCACGCAUUCGAUAUAGCCAUUUGAUAUAUGGUUAUCCAUUAGAUCAGCAUAGAGGUACAUCCUUUUGUAUAGAUCAAGAAUUCAAUUUGCAUCUCAUUGUCUAUAACAAGUUGACACAGGAAACGACGUUUACUUUGAUUACUCAACUCAUCAAGCCAUUGGUUGGAUACCCUGGAUUCACUGAGCCUAACCGAGAUGUGCCUAUUGAUCCUCAACCUCCAUCUGCUAUGGCUAUCAGUCGAGAAUUAAUACUUGCUUCGAAUGGUGUUGGUGAUAUUGAAUUGAUUGGCAUCGAAGAAAAGCAUGGUCGCAUGUUAGGCACAUCAUUAGGUUCCGCUGCUUACAUGGGCACGGGUACAGAAGGUGUCUCGCCUGUUCCUUGUGUCUUGCUUACGGCUCGCCAAGUCAAGACCAAAGUCCUAUUUGUAGUCUAUAGUAAAACAAAGACAAAUGAAUUCAAUAUUGCCACACUUGAAUUGGCCAUUCCUUCAUCGCACACAAAACGAUUAGACGAUGGUUCGUUUGUGCUACAAUUGAACACGUUACAUAUUCAAAAAGGAACAGAAGUACCUGUCUAUUGUGCCAUUACACCUUCUGGUAAACAGUGUAUUUUGGGCAGUGAAGUCAAAUACAACCCCGUCCAUCCUGUGGUUGACCCUGAUGAGCCUAUGGAAGAAGUACCCAAGAAGCCAUUGUACCAAUGGAGUCAAGAGGGUACAGAUAUCACAGUCCAAUUCGAAUUGCCUCAAAAUACACCCAAAUCAGCCAUUAGCUGCAAAUUUUUGACAGACCAUCUAAGCUUACUUGUCAAGGACACGGCGAUUUCUUUUCCUUAUCGAAAAUUAUGGAGUGCAGUGCAACCUGAUGAAUGCACUUGGACAUUGGAAAAAGAUACAUUGACACUACUUAUCACAAAGAAGGAUGAACGCACACGGUGGCCACACUUGUUUGAUCAGGAUGAUGGCGUAUUGGAGACAUUAUCGCCCACUCAGUUAUCAGAAAUCAAUCAUAGACUAGCCAAAUUUACUUCAGAAGAACCUCUGCAUCCAUCUCAACACCCUGCUGCUACAGAUAUGGAUGAAGAUAUUGAUGAUGCAGGCACACCUAUUGUGUUUAGUGUAUACAACAACACAUCAGGACUCGCUAUUGAUGAGUUCAACACAGGAUCGUAUCAUUGGAUUUGUUCAUCCUAUAACUAUGAGGAUGAGAUGCCUUCUGUCUGCUUACAAAUGGACGUGGAUGGUCUUGUGUUUACCUUGACAGAGACACAAGAUGGUCUUAUUCAAGCAGAACAUACAGCUACAAUGGACGCGUUCGCCUUUGUUCAGGCAUCCAAAAGAGAUGCACGCUUUAUUCAUCAUGAUUCGGCUAGUUCUUUUGCUUCUAUUGUUGAAAGCAGCCGAAAUGCUUAUAUUUAUUAUCACCAUGAUGACAAACGAUUAGUAGAAGAUCAAGUCCUUGUUGAUUUGACGCAAGGAAAACACGUCGAUAUUGUAGGUGCAACGAACAUCCUAAAGAAUACCUUGAUGGUCUUGACAGAAUCACAGCUGGUCAUUGUUCACUUGUAAAAUUUCCCAGGAGAGAUUUUCUGACCUGAGAAUUACACAACAUGACAAAUAAAACGGGAAAAUAUUCAUGCUUUUGAACCUCUUUUAAAA